AUGGAUCACUUGCUAAGCCAUGAUGUAUCAUAUGCAGUCAAUUUUUCUUCUAUACCAACCACAGCUGAUCCAUCGGAGCUGGGUGGGUUUGUAGAGAGCGGAGAGCUUGAGCAAUUGGAGGAAUUAUUAGAUGAGGGUUACGACGUCUCCGCUGUCCUCAGUAGCAUGAGCGGAAGUGAAAGUACAAGUACGUCUCUAUCCUCCGCCCCGCAAGUGUCAACUACAGUGAAAGAUCGUCCUGUACCCGAAUAUGAGGGCGGAGCUUACAGAAAAGGCACAAGGCGCGUGAUCUCGGAAAGCGAAAGACGACAACGAAGAAGUGCAUCGUCAUUGUCUACAUCGAUAGACACUUCUCCAUCCGCUUACGAAUGUCCUCCUUCACCAUCAAAGUUUGACAGUUUCGUACGUUUUGAUCCUGAUGUCCACCGUUCAUCUAAAGCUACUGCUCAUGAGAUCAUAUCAGCUGUCGACAAUCAGGAUUUCUCUACACUUCGUGCGAUACUAAUGGAAAAGAGUUGGCCUGACCAUCGUAGCAUUGGCCAUCACCUUGACAAAAUUUUCGAGCUUGUUAUUCGAGAUUGUCAGGAUACAGAUGAAGCGAUGCUUUUCUUUCGCGACUUUGCCGCUUCGAAUCGUCGGGCUUUUCUCCACGAUGUGAACGGUAUCCGAUUAGCUUGUCGAGUAGCCUGCGACUCUGGAUCAGUUGAUGCUGCAAUGGACGCUUUGCGAAUUUUUCGCAAUAUGUUUCUUGUUAGAUCCCGUGAGUCUAUCACUGAUGCCGGAUCAGUUGGCGAAGUAGAGCGCUUACACAGAUUGAUGGUUGACCAAGGUUUCGAUAGGGAUUCAGAAAUUUUUGUCCGUGCUUCGACUCAGUCAAUGCUCAAAACCUGGUCAGUUCGAUGUAAUCUAAAUAAGAAUGAAAUGUUCAAACCGCUGAACUAUCUCAACAUUUUUUCUUUAAUCUUCUAUGAUCAAUACUUGUAUCUAAAGUUCCAGUCGGCUACGAGUGACGCGCUAUGAAU